AUGGAUACAAACUCUGUGAGUCCAUUGCCACCCCCAGAAGCUCCUCUUGCCAUGAUGGAAGGUGAAAAGACACCCCCACGUUCUCCCGGAGCCGGCGGCGAAGCUGGAGACGGAGCUUUGCCUCCUCCGCCUGACGAGAAUGAUGUCAGUGAAGAGGCACCGCCGCCGGAAGAAGCGCCCGAGGAGACAAAUGAGGGGGAAGAGCCUCCCGGCAGUGACGAUUCGCACGCUACCGUCGUGCAAAGUGUCACAGAGGAGAACGAACGUUCGCCGUCUUCGGGAUCCAAAAAGUCGGGUAAUAAUGAUGACGAAGAAUUGCACACCUUGGACGCCCAAAAGCCUGAAGAUGUGAUUGUGUUGGAGGAUAUUGAAGAUGAACCGAGUCAGGAAGAAUUGCCUGAACCUGCGCCUCAGGCGGAAGACGAACCCGAGGAACAGGAAGAAGAAGAAGAAUUUGUGCCUCCCCCCCCUGAGCCUGAACCUGAACCAGAACCUGAAGAACCUGAAGAUGACGAUGAGAUUGAGGAAAUUCUCUUGGAAGAAGUUCCGCCGCCCGAAAUUGAAGAAAUUACCGAAGAGCCUGAAGAGUCAGAAAGUGUCGUUGAAACAGUUGAAGAACUACCUCCUCCGCCUGCACAAUUCACAUCUUCGACGGAAGCGACCUCUGCACCGGAAACGCGAACUACGAAUAACGUAACUACCGCUACUGUGGAAAAACCGACAACUAACGAUCAUAACAACGACGCUGACGUGAUAGAAGAAGAACACAAAAAAGCUGAAAAACCGACAACGACGACGAUAGAUAUAGAACCUACUUUACCUACAAUUAAGAAAAUCGACUCAACGGACCUCAAACCAAAGAAACAAGAACUUCCACAAACAACAAAAGUAACAACAACAACAAAUGAAUGCGCGCCAUCGACAUCGACGACAUCUGCGGCGAAUACGUCAACUUCAGUUAAUAACGAUUCACAAAUAAUUACAGUUCCUAUCUUUAAUGAACCCGAAAUGCCCACUGUGUUAGAAAAGAAACCCCUACCCGAUAUCUCAAGCAACAGGCGGUACGAUGACGAUCCAGAUAAAAUUUGGAAUUGCGGCGCAUGGUUCGAGUACAUUUUGGUUGUUGUAGUCUCGUCGCUCUUGUUGCUGGCUGCCACGGUACUCACGCUCUUUUGGGCCAUUUACUACCGACAAGGAUUCGAUCUCACGGAUGCCGACAAGAAAUUCAAUUUGCAUCCCGUUUUGAUGGUUGGCGGUUAUAUUACACUCUCAGGAUUUUCUAUCAUAUUGUACCGCAUUUGCCGAUGCUGUUCGCACUUGAUGGUUAAGUUGAUCCAUGCCUUGUUCCAUGCUUUGGCCAUUCCAUGCAUCGUGAUCGGCUUCCUCGUCGUUUGGGACUACAAGAACCAAACUGGAGCUGCUCACUUUUAUUCGUUGCACUCGUGGCUCGGAUUGAUUACCAUGGGACUCUUUGCAUUGCAGUUCGUAUUGGGAUUCUUCAGCUUCCUCAUCUUGUUAUGCUGCGAUAACGCUACCUACAAAUUCCGUUCAGUAAUGGUACCCAUCCAUGCUAUUUUCGGCAUCAUCACUUUCAUGUUGGCUAUCGCAACUGCCCUCACUGGAUUCUUGCAAAAGGCUCGUUUCGACUUGGGGUCUGACUACAAUCUUUUCGCUGAAGAGGGUAUCAUCGUCAACACCAUUGGCGUUGUCUUGAUUGGUCUCGGUUGCAUUGUACCAUUUGCCGUUCGACGUGCCAACUCCCCUGCAAAUUCCCGUGUCUACGUCAGUGAACGCUUGUAGACCGGAAAAUGUGUUUUAAUUGAAUGCGAUUAAAUUUAACAAAGAAAAGAAAAUUAGGAGCGGAAAAAAGUAUAAAAAUACAUUUGAAGCUAAACGAUGGAAAUACCAACUGCUGUCAGCUGCUUUCACUUUUUUCUUUGAUAAUAUUAUUUUUAAAAGUAUAAGUUUUUCCCCUUUUUUAUAUUUUUAAGAGAAAUGGAGAUUUUUUUACAAUAAUUUCUGAAAAAAAGAAAAUAUUUUCGAAUUAAAAUUAAAUAAAUAUAAUUUUAACAUUAUUUAGUCAAGUCAUCGAAAGAAAUAUUAUUAUUUUUAGUUUUAUUAUGUAUUAAAAAAAAAUAACAAUAAAUUAUAAUUAUUGGUUCAAAAUAUUAUUUUUUUAAUUUUUUUAUUUGUUUCGUUCAUUAAGUUCCCUCAUGUGGCCAAAUACUACCCAAAAAAAGAAAAAUAUAUAUUUAUUAUAUAUAAUUAUCAAUUAUGCUACAAAAUAAGAAAAAAAAAUAUUAAAAAAUAAAUAAAUAAGGUAAGGUUCUUCUACUUAAAAUGCAACGAACAUUAUAUCGGACUUGGUGAAACGAGAUAAAUAAACGAGAUGGUUCCUUUUUUUAUUAUUUUUUUUUAUUAAAAAAUUAUUUUUUAUAUUUUAAUUUAAUCUACACAGAAUGAUUUGAACGGUUCUUAAAUCUAAACGCAAUUCAAUUAAAAUACAAUUGAAAAAAAAAUAAACGCUGCUAACAUUCAUUCGAUUUUUAAAUAAAAAAAAAAAACAUUUUUAUCGCAACUCAUUUGUAAAACACACAAAAUAAAUGCAACCAUACAUUUUAAACUGAAUUUCUAUCAAAUCGCCCAUCAAUCGUAAAAAAAUAAAAUAAUUAAAAAAAAAAUACAAGACAAAAAACCACCAGAAGUCGAUAAGCAAGAAAAUUAGUAGAAAACAAUAUUAAUAAUGACAGUAUAAUAUUUAGAUAAAAACAAUUUUAAUACAAAAAAAACACACAAGUAAUAAAAAAGCAUAAAAAUACAUGUAAUAGUUCAAGUUCAUAUGAUAAGAAAAAAAUAAUCGAAAAAAAGUAGAUGUAAUUUUUAUUACUUAUACACUACAUAUUAUUAUUAAAUAUAUAUAUUAUAUACAACAUAUAUACUAAUGGAAUAACAGAAACCAUACAUACUAGAUUGAAUUAAAUUCCAGGUGUUCUUGAAAAAGUCGGAAUAGUUUGUAUUUUUUUAAUAUAGCUCAGUUCAUGUACCUAUUUGUUAUCUCUUAUUAAAUAAUGAAAAAAAUUAAAAUUUAAAAAUUGUUAAAA